UCAGUUCCAUGAAAAGAAAGAGAAAGUAGCAUUAAUAAACAAAACAUAAAAUAUGUUUCUUUCGUUUUGAUUAUUAGACCUACGCAGCACUUCAAUGUGGAUGUAAUACUGGCAUGAAGACAAUGGAAUUGAUGUCCACAUUGACGAAUAUAUCUGGGACUAGACGCCGAACUGGAUAAUAGUGUUGAAUCAGAAAAUCAACUUCUGACGAAAACAGUUGGUUAUUCCAGAUAAAAUGGCAGAGAAUGAUGGGGAGCCGAGAAGUUCCUUGGAAUUCAUGGAUAGUAUACUUGGUUGCUCCGAAAUACCCCUGCUGGUUAAAAUGUAUAGACCACUACUUGUAAGAUGUCUGCUUGUCACGGACAUUGCUCCUUACCUGGACGGCGUCAUUUCAACAAGAGAAAGGGAGACAGUCAUGAAAAAAUUUGAAAAAAGAGGCUCAACUGUGGCAAUGGAAGAGCUACUUGUUUUCAUUGAGGGGAGCAGCUAUAAUGAAAAGUGGACAAAACUUAUAGAUGUUAUAGAGAAAAGAGGAUACAAAUAUGUAGCAAAAGCUUUAAGAGGUCAGGGAGUGAAGAGCGAUGCUUACAAAAAAUUUACAAAGAUUCUUCAACAACACAAAAUGGACCUUGUGCAGAAUAUUGACCCAUCCCAAGUAUGGGUAAAAUUGGAAUCUCGAUAUAUUAUAGAGAUGACAGAUCGAGAAGAAAUUGAGGCUGAGAUGAGAAACAAAGGGCCAAAGUCUGCAAUGUUAGUUCUUCUAGAUCGAAUAUGGAGAAGGGAUGAUAAUUGGUACCAUGUGUUCUUAGAAGAACUGUGCGAAAAAGAAUAUAAAUACAUUGUGGAAGAGAUUGAUGACGAAUUUGCAGAAGAAUGGGAGGAUAGAAAAAAGAAUGGAAAUUGUCCUGAAAAUGGCAUUCCACAUCUCUCUGAACCAAGAUUAAGCAAGCCAGUUCAAUGUGAAUCAGACAUUCACGCACCAUAUCCCGGCCCAACUGUUCCAGUUAGAGCGAAUCCAGACCCAUCAUUUUUAAAUCCAACAGCUGUAGAAAGCCAAACCUCCCUCAAAUAUAUUCCAAUUAACCAGCAUGGAGAAGAAAAUGAUGAAGCAAGCCAGAAAAAGCUUUAUGAAGUUUCUGACCUUGAAGUACAAUUUGCGUCUAGUCUAAACUUUGAUGAAAUUUUAUCCUCUGGAAUAAGUGAGGAAUCACUAAGAAAAGAGAAACACACGACAAAUGCUAAUAAAAGAAGUCCAAACGAUAAUUGUGAUCCUGGUGAAACAAGAACCAAUGUAAAAGUUCUCUAUACAAGAAAUAGUACCCAAGUUAUUGAUGACGAAAGUGUAACAGAAGAAAAGGUCGCAGAACUUGAUGAUUCAAAGUCCUUAGCAAACAAUGACGUCUCAAUAAAAACAUUAGAAUUAAGACAGUAUCAACAGGAACAAGCUGAACAAUCCUUGAAGGGAGAAAACUGUUUAAUUGUAUCGCCAACUGGCAGUGGCAAAACAUACGUGGCUAUCAGAAUAAUUCAGAAUCACCUUGACGAAACAGGAAAAGUCAAGAAAGUGGUAUUUAUCGUGGACAAAAAUAAUUUAGCGAACCAGCAGUCAGAGAAAAUAAAGGAUUAUGUACGAUGUAGACUUAAAGUGAUCUCGGGUGACACCCAGAGAGAGGAAGAUUUUCAAGAGAUGAAACCACUUCUUCCUCAAUUUGAUGUGUUUGUGGUCACUGCUCAAAUGCUGGUCAAUGCACUUACCAACCAGGGUGUAAGCAUCAGAGAUUUUUCUUUGCUGAUAUUUGACGAAUGCCAUCAUUGUCAUGGAAGCCAUCCAUUUAAACAGAUAAUGAAUCAGUACAUGGAUGUCAAACUAGAACAGACAGAUGAAGAAAGCCAACUUCCCCAAGUUGUUGGUUUUACUGCAUCUGUUGGAGUGGGAAAAGCUAAAACUAUUGAGAAAGCCACUGAGUAUUUAAAGCAAGUCAUGUCCAACAUGGACGCCCAUUACCUUGUGACGGUCCGAAAGAACAGAAGCGAUUUGGCCAAACACGUUAACUCUCCAGAACAAUUCAUCAAAGAAGUACCUGUAAGGCAGAAGGACGAGUUCGGAGUAUGUGUCAAAGCUCUCAUGGCUACAACUGAAAAAUAUUUGGAAGACACUGGCGUUGGGAUUGUAGACAAAAAUGCUAUACAACCUCCAUCAACGAAAGGUAAUGAACAAUAUACACAAUGGCUGGAGGACGUCCUUUUAAAAGCAUUGGCAAAACUCUCUAAAUCAGAAGCAACUCGAUCACUGUUUACAAUAAGGAAAUAUUUAGAGAUUUACAACAAUGCUCUUGUUCACCAUUCAUAUGCAAGAGCCAGUGAUGCAUUGAAUUGCAUCAAAAAUGCUAUUGAGAACCUUCCAAAAUCAUCCAGAAACGAAAAUGAAAUUGAAAGAAAAGUAAAAUCAGUAUUUGAAGGGGAAUAUACAAAGUUGGCAGAAUGCGCUUUAGAUCAAGAAAGAACUGCAGAAAACCCUCUCAUGCUGAAGCUCAAAGAGAUCAUCCUGACAACACAUGCAGAAGAGCCAAAUAUGAGGGGAAUAGUUUUCGUGAGAACUCGCAUUCUAGCAGACAUCCUCGCUUCAUGGAUGGAUAACUCAAAAGAGUUACAGCACAUUAAAGCUCGAAAGUACACUGGAUCACAGGCUCAAACUGUAGAAGGGGGCAUGACUAAACAUGAACAAGUAAAUGCCAUAGAAUUGUUCAAAAAUGGAGAGUUUAAAAUUAUCGUUGCGACCACUAUUGCCGAGGAAGGGCUCGACAUCAGAGAAUGUAAUCUUGUUGUAAGAUACGAUUAUGCCGGAAAUCCCAUUUCCCUGGUGCAAGCACGAGGUCGGGGUCGUGCAGAAAACAGUCGUUUCUAUGUACUAGCAUCUGCAGAGAAGUGUGUUGCUGAAAGAGAAUGGAUGAAUACUUUGAAAGAACCGAUGAUGGAAGAAGCAAUGAAAAAAGUACAACAACAGAUUGGUGCCAACCACGGCAUGUUCCUUGAACAGCAACAAGAGUUUCAGAAAGUCGCUAAAAGGGAUUUUUUUGUGCUUAAAAUGCAGUGCUUUCCUGUGCAUGUCCAGCGAGUUAAGGAAGAUAUUGAAUGCCCAUCACACCUGCAUCAGUGA